CAUUGCUAAAGAUGAGCUAACAACAUUCUUGUCGAUGAGUGCAUUGGUUGAUGAUGCCAAAACACCAAAAAUGUCAACUCAUAAGUGUUCAGAGCAGUGACUCAUAACACCCUUCACACUCAUAACUCCUCUCUGCUCUAGGCUCAUCAGCGUUUUCUGAACGACACCUAUCCGCCGAAUAUUAUUACGAUGUCAUUUCAGGACGUGCGGUUACGUGCUGGAAAUGCAGACAGAAUAAGACAGAACUGGAAAAUGGAGCUUUUAGCUAUGCUGAGGUAAGAUGUUCCACAGGCCCAGAUGAUUUGAUGUCUUCUGGCAUGGACAUCCCUCCGAGACGGUGCCCAAGCAGCCCAAGCUCACUGUGUCAUGAUUAGAAAAUGUACAGAGCGUUGUUGAGAAUGACCACAUUUGAGUACACUUCAGCCCUGAUGCAGUAGGCUGAAACUCAGUGCUGUUCAUGAGAGAGAAUCUCUCACGGCAGAGGAAGUAGUAUAUGACUACUGUAAAUUAAAGGAAGUAAAGAAGACAAAUCGGCAAUCUAAAACUAAUGCUGUGACAUCUAGUAUAUUUCCGUAAUUUGUUGUUUACAACGUUGAAUUCAUAACUUGGUAGCAUAGAGUUGUAUAUGCAGGGUUUUGUGUACGGUUCUGGCAGGAGCCACAUAUCAGCGAGGUAGUGACCAGUGCUUCAGCCCCGCCGGUUUGUCAAUAGUGGCACAGUGGGAGUGGGUCGUGAUUGGCAGCCUGGGGCAGCGGGCAGCUCAAUGGUGCUGAAGGACGUGGCGUCCCAGAGCGGAGGGCUAUAAAGGCCUGGGCUGGACUCGGGACGGCCUCUGUUUGAGGGAAUGAGGAGUCUGUUGCAGAAACACAGGUUGAGGCUGCUUCAUCUCUGAAAGGGUCACGUAGAUGGCAGAGUGCACUGUAGCCCCAGUAGCAAUGGAGGAUAGCGAUCACGAGGCCGACUCGCCGUCUGACGAGCAGGAUUCCGCCCCAACGUCCCCCGAGCCAAAGGAGCAUGAGGCCGAACAGAGCUCCAGCCACUCCAAGGAGGACUCAGAGGACUCUGAGCUGGAGAACAUCUUGGGUCAGCACCACCACCAUGACCACCCCGACCAGCACGAGCAGCAUGACCCCCAGCACCAUCACGACCCGCAGCAGCAGCAGCAGCAGCAGCAGCAGCCCGGCCCUAAAGAGGGCAACCCUUUCUGGUUUGCUGGCCACGGGCGCCACUCCUCGGCCGGGGACAGUGAGAGCGAGGGCCUUGACAGCCCCCGCACUCCGGGGACGCCCACGUACUUGCUGCCAUCCGCUGCGGGUGGCCGGGGUCCUUUUGACGCCCUCUCAGAGCAAAGGUCCCCGCGGGGCACCGUGUACUUUAGCCUGCCGUCGCCCAUCAGCCCCUCACGGCCCAAGAGCCCGUGGGGACGCUACGACCCCUAUGAUUCGACAGAGGAUCAGGAUAAGGAGUAUGUGGGCUUCGCCACCCUGCCCAACCAGGUGCAUCGCAAAUCUGUGAAAAAGGGCUUUGACUUCACUCUCAUGGUGGCAGGUGAGUCUGGUCUUGGGAAGUCUACCCUUGUCAACAGCCUCUUCCUGACAGACCUGUAUAAAGAUAGGAAACUACUCAACGCUGAAGAGAGGAUUACCCAGACUGUGGAGAUCACCAAACACACAGUGGAUAUUGAGGAGAAAGGCGUCAAGCUGAAACUCACCAUUGUUGACACGCCAGGCUUCGGAGAUGCCGUCAAUAACACUGAAUGCUGGAAGUCCGUGGCCGACUACAUAGACCAGCAGUUUGAGCAGUACUUCCGGGACGAGAGCGGCCUGAACCGCAAGAACAUCCAGGACAACCGCGUGCACUGCUGCCUCUACUUCAUCUCCCCCUUCGGCCACGGUCUUAGGCCUUUGGACGUGGAGUUCAUGAAGGCCCUUCAUGAGAAGGUCAACAUUGUCCCUGUUCUGGCCAAAGCAGACACUCUCACUCCCAGUGAGGUCAAGAAAAAGAAAAUCAAGAUUCGAGAGGAGAUAGAGCAGUAUGGCAUUAAAAUCUAUCAAUUUCCAGACUGUGACUCUGAUGAGGAUGAAGACUUCAAACAGCAGGACCAGGAGCUAAAGGACAGCAUUCCCUUUGCCGUGAUCGGCAGCAACACAGUGGUGGAGGCCAAAGGCAGGCGAGUGAGAGGACGCCUCUACCCCUGGGGCAUCGUAGAAGUGGAGAACUCGGCGCACUGUGACUUUGUGAAGCUGCGGAACAUGCUGGUGCGUACACACAUGCAGGACCUAAAGGACGUGACCCGGGAGACCCACUACGAGAACUACCGCGCCCACUGCAUCCAGAGCAUGACCCGCAUGGUGGUCAAGGAGCGCAACCGCAAUAAGCUCACCAGGGAGAGCGGCACCGACUUCCCCAUACCCAUGGUGCCUGGCGUGGCGGACAGCGAGACGGAAAAGCUGAUCCGCGAGAAAGACGAAGAGCUACGACGAAUGCAGGAGAUGCUGCAGAAGAUUCAGGAACAAAUGCACACACAGAAAGAAGCAUAUUAACCACGGCAUUCCCUGAACCCCCUCCACGCACAUCGCUCCCAGCCAAGCAGUAAUCUAAAAAGUAUCCCGUCACCCCAGAGACAUUGAGCCUCCUCCUCCUCCUCUUCCCAAGCCUCCUCUGCAAUGUCUCACUAACAUAACCCACCUGGAUGAGCCUGAAGACUGAAGAACAGUACGUACAUAGACAUCAUUGUUGUUCCUGUUGAGUCUCUGUCUCACACUCUUGUCCAGCAUCAACUUCUUUGCUCCAUUUGUGAUUUGUGGAGACAUCUGAUUGUCAGACUCACGCAUGAAGUAGCCUUAAUCAGUCCAAACCACAUUCAUGGUAACAGACCUGUGGAUGCUGUCCUGUACAUGCAAAUGUAGACAAAACAUGGCUGAAGCCAUGAUGACCACUAUAGAUAUAGGCAGGGGUCAAAUUAUGAUACAGUAUAUAUUUGGUAGGUUCUGUAGAUUAAGAUAUACCAUUUGUGAGACAUCCUGCAUAAUAUAAGUGUACAACAUUUACAAUACUUGACUAUAGCAAUGUGUGUGUGCAGCUCAGUAGCAGUCUCUGUGAGGUUAUGAGUGAGAGAAAUUGCUAAAGGUUGGCCUUCCUAUCACCCAAUUCACUAGCUUGCCAUUUUGGUGUAUGCACAAUGUAAUUCCCAAGAGUAUUUUGUAAUAGCUUGUUCUAUAGAAUGAAAACAGCAUAAUUAUUUAAUUAUUUUCUACAAUGUUAUUUGUUUGUUAACAUUUCUUUUUUAAAAUAAUAAUAAUGCCAUUGGAUCUUCUGUGUGUGCACACUUUUGUUUAUAUUGCAUCAUGAAAUAAGAGGAGAAAUGCUUUUUUUUUGCUAAAUAGUUUUAUUUUCUUAUCAACACAAAUGAAGUACUGUAGAACAAUAGUAGGCUAUUUUUCAUGGUAACUAGUAUAACUCGUAUUCAUAAAAGUUGUCCUGUCUUUACUAAGAUGUUAAAUGCCUUGAAUAUUUUGUUUGGCCCCACAAUUGUUACAUGCAUCAAGGGGCAGGCUAUUUUUUAAGCUGAUUUUGAAUGCAGGCUGUUGAAGCUCGUGGUUAAGAGAUGUCAUGGGUAAACUUUGUUCUAUGGUCAUUUAUAAGCAAUGAUAUUGAGUCAUAAUGUGCUCAAGUUUUUUUUGUAAAUACUUUCAUAAUAACUGCCCUCAGGUCUACUGAAGAAAGGGCCAUUGUGCUAUAUGAUUUAACGCUAGCCACAGGCUACAGUUUUUUUUUCUCAGUUUUCACUUUCUCUCAGAAAAGGUGUUUGUUUUAUUUUAUAAUUUUUUUAUGACCAUUACCAUAUGGAGAAAUUGAAAAUCCAAUUUAAAAACAAAUCACAAAUGUUUUUGAUGAUAUACAUAUACAUGUACAUAUAUAGGUCUUCUGUUCCCCCUGAAAAUGACCAGUUGACAGGACCAUGUUUUUUACUCUCAGGCCCAGUAGUUAAGUGGUCAUUGAAACCUCAAUCCAGUAUAUUUUAGUCCAACUUUUUGGAGAUGAAUAGGCAUUGUGUUAUUUUUACUGAGGGUUAAUGAUGUGACCAGAGUAAGCUAUUAGAGUAAUCUGAAGAAUCUUCUUUGGGAUCGUCCUCCUUGUUUUAUUAGGAUCUUUUUCAACAUUUGUUUCUCUCACAAAAAUAGCUGUUUUAUGGUUUCCCCUGCAUGACAACUGACAAUGUUGUCAGUAGGUUCUGUUGUUUAAGAUGUUUUGUAAAGAAAAUACAUAUUUGAGUCUAUAUUUAGUAUCAGUAUCAUAUUUACUAUUACUACAUUUUCCAUAAACUUGAACCCUAACCACUGAAGUUAUCCCCAACAGAGUAGCAGAAAAAGAAAACACUUACUGUAUGUUCAGAAUGUAUCACUUGAAGAUUCACAUCAAGGUCAUGUGUGACCUUCAACCUAUUAUAUCACUCUAGGUUUUCAGCAUUGUUUCCUGUUGCAGUCUGAGCAUGCUUUCCAUUUAUUGUUUUUUGUUAUUAAGAGGGAACAAUUUUGAUAAACCUUUAUGCGUCUUUUGCAUAAAAAAACAAGGCUUCCAAAUGGUGUAUGAGUUAGAAACAUCAGGGCCGGUGACAAUACUCUUUACCAUUACUGUUCUUCCAUGUCAUAUAGUGCUUCCCACAUUUAGAAAUCAUAUUCUUAUAGACAACUUUCAUUUUACCUACUUUUUCUCCCUCAGUGAACGCAUGGAUCACCUUUUUUUCUUAUUCACUUCAUGGAAUAGAAUAUUGGUCAUAAAUGUAUGUAUUUUGAGAAUAUUAUGAAAAGGCAAUGUAUGCAAAACCUUGACCAAAAGUCUAAUAAAUUAUUACAUGUUUGAAAUGGGA